AUGCCUCUCAUUUCUAUAUUCGUCCACCUUUUCCUCUUCUCCUCUCUAGCAACCACCAAUGGUGGCCGUGGGGAUGGUUUCACCACCUCUCUCUUCCACCGCGAUACCCUUUUCCCUACUCUCCACCUUCCAUCUCCCUCCCGCUACGAACGCCUCACUAAUGCCUUCCGCCGCUCCUUCUCUCGUUACGCAACCCUUCUCGACCAUUCCACCACCGUCUCCACCACAGGCAUCCACACCCCACUCAUUCCCAACAAUGAAGAAGGAGAGUAUGUAAUGUCCAUUGCGGACACUGGAAGCGACCUAACAUGGACCCAAUGCAUGCCAUGUCUCAAUUGCUUCAACCAAUCAACUCCUCUUUUCAAUCCACGUAAUUCCUCUUCCUACCGCCCCGUACCUUGCACGUCCACUGCAUGCCGCUCCAUCAGCAUUUUCCCCUGCAUGCCCCACCAUCCAUCUUGUACCUACAACUACAACUACGCAGACCAAUCCUUCACUAACGGUGACCUUGCAUUUGAAAAACUCACCAUUGGGUCCUUCAAACUCCACAACACAAUCAUUGGAUGCGGUCACCAGAACGGUGGCGCCUUCAAAGGACGUACCUCAGGAAUCAUCGGACUCGGCACGGGUUCUAUCUCUUUAGUCUCUCAAAUGAGAAAGAUUGCCAAUCUCAAAAGACGCUUCUCAUACUGCUUACCCACCUUCUUCAGUGAUUCAAAUGUCACUGGUAGAAUAAACUUCGGCCGAAAAGCCGUCGUUUCAGGGCGUAAAGUCAUUUCUACCCCUCUAAUGUCGAAAUUUCCUUCUCCCUUCCAUUUCUUGACACUAGAAGCAAUCUCUAUUGCAAACAAGCGAUUGGAAGCCACUAACAACGUGUCGAGUGCUUUAGAACGAGGAAAUAUUAUUAUUGAUUCGGGUACAACAUUAACGUUUUUGCCUCAAUAUUUGUACAACGCCGUCAUUUCGACUUUGGCUAGUGUUGUUCGAGCGAAACGAGUGGAAGAUCCAUCAGGGAUUCUUGAAUUGUGCUACGUUGCGGCCAAAGUUGAUGAUUUGGAUAUUCCAAUUAUUACGGCACAUUUUUCUGGUGGUGCUGCUGUGAAGUUGUUACCGUUGAACACGUUUGUGACCGUGGCUGAUAAUGUGACUUGUUUGAGUUUUAAGUCAUCUUUUGAUGAUAAUUUGAACAUUUUUGGGAACUUGGCACAAGUCAACAUUUUGAUUGGAUAUGAUCUAGAGCGAAAGAGAUUAUCGUUCAAACAUAAAGUCUGUGCUUAG